CGAAGUGUGCCAUGUGACUGGAGGUAAAUAAGGAAAGAAAACAGCUGACGUUUGAUGUAAAUAAACAUUGAAAGAAAACUUUCGUCGAUUGCUAUCUCCCUUUCUUCUGUUGCAUUAUGUCUCAGAAAGCUUCACCUCAGAAAACAAUGACAGGAAGGGAAAUACCAAAUCGUAGGAUUGCUGAUAUUUCGAAUUUACCGUCGGACUACUCUACAACCCCAGGAGGAUCCAUCUUCUCUACAACGCCAGGAGGUACUAGAAUAUUUUAUGAAAGGGCAUUUCUGAUGCAGUGCCGAGAAUCUCCCUUGGCAAAGACUCCUCCAGCAAAUAUGGCCAAUAUUCCAGGAGUGACCUCCCCUGGACAGAUUGAUGUUCCAAAGGAAAAUGGCGUUCAAGAACCUAAGCCUGCUAAAGCAGAGAAAGUCAAUGAAGACAACCCACAAUUUGAAAUGGACAUAUAGACUACCCAGCAUGCCUUUCAGCAUUUCCAUAGUAACACAGAUUAUCUGCAAAACACAGAAGAAAUAACUGAUCAUGAUUUGUACACUAGAGAUUACAGAAUAGACUUGUAUGAAAUUUAUGUCUAGUUCUUGUCUGAUGAUACAGACAGAAGGGGCAUUAGGUUUAGAUAUAUUUUGAUUUCAAAUUAUUUCAGUAUUUCUCAUUAGCAUGUACUUUCAUUUUCUUUCGCCUGUUCAGUUGAAAUAAUCCAGUGUAUACUUUCUUCUUUCACCUAUUCAAUUGAAAUAAUUCAGUGUAUACUUUAUUUGUAAGAAAUUAUGUUACAAGUUUUGACCAAGGUAUAGUAUGAAGUUGUGGAAGGUAAACACACGGGCAUUGAUAUAGAUGGUCAAAGGUCAGUUUUGUUCUAUAGUAUAAAAUGCUUUAACCUAGCUUCCAGUCUGUGCUGUUAUCGGUGUUUUCAGAUAUGAACUGGAAUUGAAGGUUAUAGUAUGGUAAUUGUUCUCCUUCACAUUCACAAAUUUUAUUGCAAUAAUGUGAAUUAAGACACUGUUUGGUCACUUUAAGAUGCUUUAAUGACAUUAUUAUAGAACUCAGGUAUUCUGUUGUUGUUGUUUUUUUUUUUUUUUUGGCAACUGGUUUUAUCUUGUCUAUAGCUACUGAUGGAACAUUCAGCUCCUGCAAAUGAAGUCUUAAUCUCUGUUGGUUUUGCUCAUUCCAAAAUUAGAGCUUAAAUGAGCUUAAAGCUCUAAAAAAGGAACACCAUUUUGAUAUGUAUGCUUAUGAUAACUGAUGUGUGCAGCUUUAAUUUUCAAUCAAAACAGAGUGCCUGAAAGAAUUGAUGGGUUAAGGAUUUAGAUGUGUUUUAACAUUUUUGUUAUGUUCUUUUUAAUAUUUUAGGGUCUGGAGCAAUAUAUGCAUUUAUUAGGCAAAUGUUUUUUUUAUAUUCAUAUUUUCACUUAUCUCACAAUGGUCUAUGAUGCAUUUUAUCCAUAGAAUACCUCUAAGGCAACUAAGAAAUCCAGUCAUCAAGUUUUGUUUACUUUUUAUGUCGAGCUAUGAAAACCAGGUUUUAAGGGAGCAGCUAACACUCAGUUGAGUUCAGUGGUGUAAAGUGUACUCCAGCUGUAAAAACACAGGCCUUCAACCAGCUCCUGUUGUCCUACUGAAGGAGAUUUCCUGUGUUUCUGAGGACCCCGUAUAUUUUCUAAAUCUUUUCAUUGAUAAAAAUAUCUCUAUAUUUGUAGAUAAUUCAGUUGUUGUGUUUAGAACUGGGCAAGUUUAUCCUUGCUGGCUUUGCUUGAACUAUAUUUGUAAUAAAUAACUAAUGCACCUGAUGUAAAUAAAAUGGAAUGGCACAUUGUAAACCAACAUAAAAUGCAUUCAAUUGAGUCAUUAUAUAUUUUUGGUAACUGAAAUGGGCUGUUUUUGGCAUCAAAAUUCCUAUAUUUUUACAAAAUUCUUCGAUAUUUUUAGCUCUUUUAUUAGAAGAAUGAGGGCUAUUCUAAUUUUACCCACCAAUAUAUCAACGUUAUCAUCACACUUUGUUGAGGUAACUCUAGGUUGAAUGUAAUGCAAGUUAUGGCCCCUUUUUCGACUGAAAACAUUGUGUUGAAGUUGAGUGCAAAUAACACUGUGUUUCACUAGCAACUACAUUUAUUUGAUGAAAACUUGGUUGAAGUUUUGCAUGCAAGUUGUCAUUUCUAUAAUGAAAAUGUAGUUUUAAGAAAUUAUUAGAAACUUGUUAGAAACUAUCUCAGUUAUAGAAGUCUAGUCGUUAAAGUUAUAGCCCUUCUUCUACAGACAAGGUUAGUAGUCGAGUGCACUGUCUUACGGACAGUUCUUGUUUAUGAAGAAAAUACAAUAUUCAGCUUGCAUUAUCUCAAAUAUUUUUAUAGACUACUGGUUGAUGGCCUGCAUUAGAUUCUCUUUGUGGGUGUUUUUAUAUGAAUUAUUCUUUUAUAACCCUUUUUAUAUGCUAGAUUUUUGUAUCUUGUAAAGAAAUGUGUAUGUUAGCUCUGCUUGUAGGGGUGAAACAUUUGAAUAUCUGGAUUUACACAGACUUUGAUACAAAAUCUGAUAAUGUGAAUAUCAAUAUCAGUAAGUUAAUAUUUUUAUGUAAUACAGAGAUCUUUGUAUUAUAAGGAGCAACCUAAGUUGGUGCAUUCAUGUUCAUAAUAUUCAAUUAAGUGCUCACAAAUUGGGGAAAGGUGCAGCUUUAAUACUUGAAUGUUUUCAAGGUUUAUCUGAAAUGGUACCUUGACUGUAUUUUAUUUUGACAUGUUCUUUCUAUAGUUGAUAUGAAAAUAUCUAAGUUUGUUACUGUUUGUUUAAGGUGGAUAUAAUAAACUUAUUUCCGGUA